CUCUUGUAUUUCGGCUCAUUGUUUUCACCUUCAAACACAAAUCAUCAAAGACGACCACCCUUCGGUCGGCGACUGCUUUCGACCCAACAUGGCAUCCUCAACGACCACAGAGGGCGAAUUGCGGACGUACCGCGGCAACUGCCACUGCGCAGCAUUCGUGUACGACGCCCAACUCCGCGAGAUCAAGACCGCGCUUGAAUGCAGUUGCAGCAUCUGCUACAAGAAGGGCUAUCUCUGGGUCCUUACCGAGUCCGUCAAACUCGACGUCGUCAAGGGCACUUACGAUACCCUCUCGCAGUAUACCGUUGGGUCGCUUGUACAUAGGUUCUGCCCGAAAUGUGCCACCCCCGUCAUGGCAGAGUUUGCUGAGGCCGAUGGAGAAAAGCUCGCCCUUAAUGUUCGCGCUAUCCAGGGCAUCGAUGUAUGGGAGUUGGAAAAGCAACCCCACGACUGCGGCGCGCCUCGUGGGAAGGACGACGUCGUGCCCCCGGAGCACAAAGGCCCGUUGCCUGAUGCCAUCGACGGACACAAACUGUACACCGGCUCGUGCCACUGCGGAGCCGUUACUCUGGCGUUUAUGAGCAAGCCGCUGGACGAGACCUUCGACGAGCGCACAGUUGAAUGCAACUGCAGCAUCUGCGUGAGGAACGGCUACCGGUGGGCGUACCCGAGCAAGGAACAAGUGGUACUGUUCGCGAGCGACCCGUCCAAGAUUGGGCGGUACAGCUUUUCCCGCCACGUCCUCAACAAGACGUUUUGCACCGUCUGCGGCGUCUGUAUGACCAACGAGUACGCCCACAGGACCGAGGACGAACUCAAGGCGUUGGGGGCACUGCCCAACCCGGAAGGGUUCGCCGACAGCAUGAAGACGAGGCAUGCCGUGAAUCUGCGCGUGUUCCCAGAUGUCGACUUUGCGAAGAUGCCGCCGCCCAAGUUGGGCAACGGGGCCGGCAUCGUCAAGCCGCCUUAUGUCAAUCCAUGAGCUGAGAGGCAUUUACCUUGGUUGGAGGAAGACGGAUACAUUCUCAGUUGGGAUUUCAUAUCUCCAUCUCGAACUGCGUUGUCAGUACGUAGGAUUGCUUUUGUGAAGGGUCAACCAAGAGAAGAUCCAGUCCUCGCUGAAGGUCACUGACCGGAACCGGACUCAAUGUCACCAGGGCAGCAAAACAGGCAGACAAACGUAAUAGCAUG